UCACGAUGAGCGUACGAGUCCAGGAUCCAGCUCUGUUUUUCCUCAGACUUCCUGAUCUGAUGACGUUGUGUGGAAUCACUCUGACGCUGCAGGACGACGAGGACGAACCGAGGACCAAACAGAUCAGAACCUGCAGGGAGCUGGUGCUGCUUUUCUCUGAUGUCCUGGCAUCUCCGGCUCUGGAUUCAUUCACCGACAUCUCGGUGGUCAUGGCGAUCCCGUUUUUCCAGAAAGGCGUUGUCCAGGCGUUUGGGCGGAGACACCGGCUGAAGGUCAGUUGUCCUCAGAUUGUGUCUCCAGGCGUCUUCCAGUGCUGUCUGUCCUUCUCCCUGGUCACCAGACUGUCCCCCCGCUGGAACAAAGCAGGACGUUACCUCAUCUGCGGUCAGGACUUCCUUUCUGGGAGGGGGAGGCUGAAUGCCAUCAGUCUGGAGUUGAGCACCAGUCGGGGUCAAAUGUGUUUCAGCAUCGAAGCCAACGCCGUCCGACUCCCCCCGACCGCACUGCAGGACCUGGACCUCCCCCCGCUGGUGCUGAGGAGGUUCUGCAGUGACCCGGGUUGUGUCCUGGACCUCUGGGCCACUGGUCGACCCUUCUGGUGCCACAUCCUGCCCAGCAUGAAGAAGGGUCAGAUUAUGAGCAUCAGUCGUCAGCUGCCAAAAGACGGACCCUUCAGGACCUACAUGGACCUGCAGACCCACUGGACCCGCCUGUACGGCUACAGACUUCCUGAUCUCCCAGAGGACGACGUGGUCUACUGCAGCGUCUACUUCAGGCCAGUCGGAGACAGACUCUUCACGUAUCCUCUGAGCUGCAUCCGCCUACAGCCGGUGCAGCGCUGUCCCAGCGUUGACCUCCAGGGGGUGCUGAGCUGCUUCCUGUUCGACCUCAGGGAGAAGCUGCGGACGGUGUGCGGACUGUCCACGCGUCUGACCAGUCAACCCUGUUACGCGGAGGUCAAGCUGAACACGGCGUCGUCAGCACAGGUGUCGACUGGUUCCCAGGUGAACCUGAGCUCCUCUUCCUCCAUGAGGCCGGUUCUUACCCAGCUCCCUGCCCCUCCUUCUGCCCGACCUCUGAAGCCCUUCUUCGGAUCACAGCCUCCAUCGUGGGCCCCUCCCUCCCAGAGUGUGUCUUCAUCUGAUUUGUCUGGAUUUCACCCGUCUUCUUCCUGUUCCCCACCAGCCUACCAGCCAUCUUCCUCCCCCAGCUCCACCUCUGUCGCCCCCCCUCUUCUUCCCUCAGUAAACCCUCCUCCUCCUCCUAAAUUGGUUCCUAUCUUCAAGAACAAGCAUCCCUCUCGUCAUGUUAACGUUGCUCUGCUCAGAGUCCAGAGGCAGAAGGAUCAGCUGAAUGGGGGAGGAAAGGGCAAGGGGAGGGUAACACUGCCCACCAUCGGGGCAAACACCUCCUCCACCCACGUGUCCUCUUCCCUCCCUGUUCCCAGCUUCAGCCAUCACCACAAAACUCCACCGAGUUCCUUAAGAGUGAAGUUCGUCCCCUCCUUCACCCCCUCAAGGAAGCCUAAACCUGCUCUGGUCCUCUCUGCAAAACCAGAGAAAAGAAUUAAACCCCAGGAGAACUUGGACCAGACCUCUGCUGUCGCCUCCUCCAGCUCUAAAGAGAAGGAGGAGCCUCCAUCUGAUCCCUCCUCCAGCAGCAAACAGAGAGCUGUGAAACGCAGAACUGCAGUGAAAGACGUGGAGAAAAUGGCCCGAAGAAACCAGCUGUGGAAGGUGAACUCUGGGACCCUGAGGUCAUGGCUCAGAGGACGAGGAGUCAACGUUGACGCCAAACUCCAGAAGGCGGAGCUAAUGCUGAAGGUUAUGGGCUGUUUGGCCGAAGCCUAACGCACGCACACACACACGCAGACACACACACACACACACACACCCACACACGGCUUUAACAGACUCCCUUUUAGUACAGUAUUAACGCCACCGAAGCUCCUCAUUUAAGGAUGAGACGUUGGAUCGGGCCUCUUUAUCAUCUGAAUCGCAGACGAGGCGUCUCAUCCUCGCAAAUUGAGAUCCUGAAGAUUUGCCAGAAUUAAAUUGUCGUAUCAGAUAAAGUCAUUUAAAGGUCCAGACGAAGGGACACAGUCAAAGUACAGACAGUUACAUCUUAACGGUUAAAUGUUAUUUUCUCUGGUCUUUAUGCUUCUGCUGAUAAAGCAGGGCUGUCAAACACGCGGCCCGUGGGCCAAAACCGGACCGCCAAAGGGUCCAGUCCG